AAUGUGUAAAGCCGUAGAAAAACUUACAAGAGACUACUUUUAUCCUUCUGUUGCCUCUGUUGUCAAUCCUUCUUCUCCUGCUGCUACUGUUGAUACUAUUCCCGCCGUUGUCUCUGAUCGUGUUUCUUCUACUGAGGAAGUGCCUGAUACCGUGGAAACUCAAGAGGAAGUUGGGUUAGAAGAUUAUAACAAAGAUAAUGACAACGAAGACGAUGAUUUUAAGGAGGACAUCAUCGAAAGGGAUUCUCUAGUCACGGAGGAAAACCCUACAAAAAUUCUCUAUCCCCGGAGACCCGAUAGCGCCGAUUGCUCCAAUUACCUUCGAACUGGAACUUGUCACUAUGAAGCGAAUAGCAGGUACGAUCAUCCUGCUAGAAAGGAAAACCAGUAUUACCUGCAGCCAGGAGAAUGUGAGUGCGAAAAAGCUUGUAGAAACAAUCAUUCGCGGGAAAAACCAGUGGUACCACCACCACUAGAUUUUAACUUUCUCGACUUGCCAAUUAGACCGGGGGAGAGAGAGUGCUCGGAAUAUAUGCGUGAUGGUUUCUGCAAGGAUGGACAUAGCUGCAGAUUUCAUCAUCCUGAUCCUAUUGCUGUUGGAGAGGAUAUUCCUUCUAGUUCUGUCUCAUUACAUCUGUCAGGUGCAUCACUACCGGCUUCAACAUCUUGGUCUUCUCCACCGAAUGAGACUGUUCCUUACCUAGAUGCUGCCAAUCCUUAUGUACCAAUAAUGGUGCUUCCACCUCAAGGGGUGCAUCCAAAUCUUGAUUGGAAUGGAUAUCAGGGGGAGAGAGAGUGCAAGUACCAUGUGCAUGAUGGUUUCUGCAAGUAUGGAUGCAACUGCAGGUUUCAUCGUCCUUAUCCUGUUGCUGUCGGAGGAGGUGAUAUUCCUUCUGGUCCUGGCUCAUUACAUCUGUCAGGUGCAUCGCAACCGGCUUCAGCAUCUUGGUCUCCACCACCGAAUGAGGCAUUUUCAUACCUAGAUGCUUCCAAUCCUUAUGUACCAAUAAUGAUGCUUCCACCUCAAGGGGUACAUCCAAAUCCUGAAUGGAGUGGAUAUCAGGCUAGCUUAAGACAUAACAGAAUACAACCAUUGCUUGCAGCAAAUCCUAAUCUCCCUGGUUGGAGCAAGCCAAAGACUCACCCUGCUGUGAAUGGUACCUGCAAGGGUGCAAAGAAAACUGAAACUGUGCAGUCUCUGUGGUGUGAAAUCUGCAAGAUUGGCUGUACCAGAAAGGAUGACUUGGACCAACACAAAAUGGGAAAGAAGCACAAGAUGAACCUGGAGAAACUGGAAGAAUCAGAGAAAGAAGCCAGUGUCCCACCUGCUACAGCGGCCCCAGCAGCAAAGGAUCCUGUGAUUGGUCCCAAAGAAAACCCUGCAGCUGACAAGGGUAAAACUGUUGUGCUGUGUGCAUGGUCUGAAAUCUGCAAGAUUGAUUGUAGCAGCAAGGAUGUCUCAGACCAACACAAACUGGAAAAGAAGCACAAGAACUUGGGGAAACUGGAAGAAUCAAACAAAGAAGCCAGUGCCCCAGCUGCUCCAGAGGCCCCAGCAGCAAAGGAUCCCGUGACUGGUCCAAAAGAAAGCCCAGCAGCUGACAAGGGAAAGACUGUUGUGCAGUCUGCGGGGUGUGAAAUCUGCAAGAUUGACUGUAGCAGCAAGGAUGUCUUGGACCAACACAAAGUGGAAAAGAAGAACAAGAGGAACCUGGAGAAAUUGGAAGAAUCAAAGAAAGAAGCCAGUUCCCCAGCAGCAAAGGAUCCCGUGAUUGGUCCAAAAGAAAGCCCAGCAGCUGACAAGGGCAAGACCGUCAUGCAGUCUGCUUGGUGUGAAAUCUGCAUGAUUGAAUGUACCAGCAAGGAUGACUUGUACCAACACAAAUUGGGGAAGAAGCACAAGAAGAACAUAGAGAAACUGGAAGAAUCACAGAAAAAAGCCAGUGCACCAGCUGCCACUGCCCCAGCAGCAAAGGAUCCAGUGAUUGGUCCAAAAGAAAGCCUAGCAGCUGACAAGGGUAAGAUUGUCAUGCAGUCUUCUUGGUGUGAAAUGUGCAAGAUUAGAUGUACCAGCAUGGAUGACUUGGACCAACACAAAUUGGGGAAGAAGCACAAGAAGAACCUGGAGAAACUGGAAGAAUCAAAGAAAGAAGCCAUUGCCCCAGCUGCUAAAGCGGCCACAGCAGCAAAGGAUCCCGUGAUUGAUCCAAAAGAAAGCCCAGCAGUUGACAAGGGCAAGACUGUUGUGCAAUCUGCAUGUUGUGAAAUCUGCAUGAUUGACUGUUACAGCAAGGAUGUCUUGGACCAACACAAAUUGGGAAAGAAGCAUAAGAACCUGGAGAAGUUGGAAGAAUCAAAGAAAGAAGCCAGUGCCCCAGCUGCUGCUACAGCAGCCCCAGCAGCAAAGCAUCACGUGAUUGGUCCAAAAGAAAGCCCAGCAGUUAACGAGGGCAGUGCGGUUGUCUUCGAUCAACACAAAUUGGGAAAGAAGCACAAGAAGAGCCUGGAGAAAUUGGAAGAGUCAGAGGAAGAAGCCAGUGCCCCAGCUGCAAAGGAUCCUGUGAUUGGUCCAAUAGAAAGCCCAGCAGUUAAUGAGGGCAAGACUAUUGUGCUGUCUGCAUGGUGUGAAAUCUGCGAGAUUGGCUGUGGCAGCGAAGUUGUCUUGGAGCAACACAAAUUGGGAAAGAAGCACAAGAAGAACCUGCAGAAUUUGGAAGAGUCAGAGGACGAAGCCAGUGCCCCAGCUGCUACAUCGGCCUCUGCAGCAAAGGAUCCUGUGAUUGGUCCAAAAGAAAGUCCAGCAGUUGGCAAUGGCAAGACUGUUGUGCAGUCCGCGUGGUGUGAAAUCUGCAAGAUUGACUGUAAAAGCAAGGUUGUCUUGGAGCAACACAAAUUGGGAAAAAAGCACAAGAAAAACCUGGAGAAAUCGGAAGAAUCAGAGAAAGAAACCAGUGCCCCAGCAGCAAAUGAUCCCAUGAUUGGUCCAAAAGAAAGCCCAGCAGCUAACAACGGCAAGACUGUUGGUGUGCAACAGGGAAAAAAGAAGGGAGCCUCAUCUUUGGGGCCUGGAGAGGAUCUGGUGACAUUGAGGAGGAAACUGAUGGAAGGUGGGGUGGAAGCUUAUGCAGUGAACGUAUGCACAAUAUGCAAUGUAGUGUGUAAUAGCCUGACGGACUUCACUAACCAUUUGGCAGAGCAAAAUCAUGCUAAUUUGGUGGAAGAAACAGGCAGCAGCAGUUGUGACAGUGAAUCCUCCUGGCCCUGGGGUGGUUACUGCUGCUUCGAAGAUGAACUUCCCUGGAAAAAAAAAUGAAGGAAUAUAUAUCAAUGUCGUCAUCAUCAUUUAGCUCUUCUUUGUUUACUCGGGGAAUCCUCUUUGGUUUUCUUGUAAAUAUUUAAUAUGGGUUUCUUUUGGUGAAAGAUCAUUCAAGUGUCUCUCCAAAUUCAUC